UCCUCCUCUUCUGACUGGUAAAUUUCAGAAAUUUAUAUGAGAGAACCAUAAUCGAAUGCAUUUUCAGUGUGUAAGCCUCCGUCUUGUUGGUCGAAGCUUGUCCCCACGGUUUCUCCACUCCAGUCUAACAAUGUCGAAACGUGUUCAGCCCAGCUGGAGUCCACCGGAAAACCAACAAACUCCGGUGCUCGAACUUUUCAACAGUCUUACCAGGAAAAAGGAGGUAUUUGUCCCCCAAGCAGGUCGACGUGUAACCUGGUAUAACUGUGGUCCAACAGUUUACGACGCGUCCCACAUGGGUCACGCGCGGACUUACCUCUCAUUCGAUAUCCUUAGACGUGUCAUUCAGAACUACUUCGGGUACGAUAUUUUUUAUGUUAUGAAUAUCACGGAUAUAGAUGAUAAGAUUAUCAAACGAGCUCGUCAGAACCAUCUUUACCAGCAGUAUUUAGCAGAGAAGCAUUCUCUGGAGAAGGUUUUGGAGGAUUGCAACAUUGUUAUGGAGUAUUUUGGAGGGGUCGUUGAGAAAACAACGGAUCCGGAUAAAAAGAUUAUGCAGGAAAGAAUGUUUGAGAAGCUGAAGGUUGCCGUGGGCAGUGUCGAAACUGCAGUCAAGUCUGGAGAUCAAGGACGGGUUGAGGAGGAGAAGGAGAACUUGCUCAGAGAGGCCAAGGACGUACUCUCCGACUGGUUGGAUUCUAAAAUCGGUAGCUCGGUCACGAAGAACAAAAUAUUCUCUGAUUUACCUAGGUAUUGGGAGGAAGCGUUUCAUAAAGACAUGGAAUCCUUGAAUGUUCUUCCUGCAGAUUGUUUAACGCGUGUCAGUGAAUACGUUCCGGAAAUUGUAGAUUAUAUCCAGUCCAUCAUCGAUCGAAAUUAUGCGUACGAAUCCAACGGCUCCGUGUAUUUUGAUGUGAAACAGUUUGACGCAUCUCCCUGCCACCAUUACGCAAAACUUGUCCCCGAAGCCUUCGGUGACGCUAAAGCUUUAGCUGAAGGAGAAGGAGACCUAAGCGCUGACGGUCAGGAAAAGCGUUCUUUGAAUGAUUUUGCUCUCUGGAAGAAAUCCAAGCCCGGAGAACCCUCCUGGGAAAGUCCCUGGGGACUUGGAAGACCAGGAUGGCACAUCGAGUGCAGUGCAAUGGCCUCGGCUAUCCUUGGAUCCUCUAUUGAUAUUCACACGGGCGGAUACGACCUCAAGUUCCCUCAUCAUGAUAACGAGAUUGCUCAGUCCGAAGCGUACUUUGAUAACGAUGUUUGGAUUCGUUACUUUCUUCAUUCCGGUCACCUAACUAUUGCUGGAUGCAAAAUGUCUAAAUCUUUGAAGAACUUCAUAACGAUUCAGGACGUACUUAAGACGUAUACAGCCCGACAACUCCGGAUAACCUUCCUUCUCCACUCCUGGAAGGACACCUUGGACUACAAUGAUAACACGAUGGAGCUCGCCAAAUCUUAUGAAAGAACUGCAAAUGAGUUCUUCCUGGGCGUUAAACAUAUACUGAGGUCCACACCCGCUACCGGGGUAGCCGCCUUCUGUAAAUGGGGUAAAGACGAACUUGAGCUGAACAAAAAACUAGAGAAAUGCAAGGCUGGUGUUCACGCUGCAUUCUGUGAUAAUAUUGAUACUAGAACAGUUCUUGAAACUUUAAGAGAACUGAUCACAAACUCUAACUCCUACCUUGCAAACCCGCAACCCGGAGCUCUUAACAGGCAACUGCUGAAGAACGUUGCGUCCUAUAUCACAGAGAUAUUCAGUGUCUUAGGAAUGAUAUCAAAGGACGAAUCUGUUGGAUUCCCUGUGUCCGGUUCAGCUGACGGAGUAGAUCUAGAGACACUGGUUCUUCCGUACCUUAGUGCCAUGGCUGACUUCAGGGACAACGUGAGGGUCUCAGCUAGGGAGAUCAAGGCCUCUGAUAUCCUCAAAGAGUGUGAUCGAUUGAGAGACGAUGUCCUGCCCAACCUCGGAGUAAGAUUAGAGGACAAGGAGGCAGCUCAGACUGUGAUCAAGCUGGUGGACAGGGACGUGUUGAUGAAGGAGAGAGAGGAGAAGAAGGCAGUGGAGGAGAAGAAAAGACUGGAAAAGGAAGCCAAGAAGAAGGAAGCAGCAGAUAAAGCUGCUGCACUGGAGGCACAGAAAAGAAUUCCUCCGACCGAGAUGUUUAAGUCGGAGACGGAUAAGUACAGUCAGUUUGAUGAUAAAGGUUUCCCUACUCUUACCAAGGACGGAGAAGAGAUCCCUAAAGCUCAAGUAAAGAAGUUGCAGAAGUUGUAUCAGGCCCAGGAGAAGAAAUACAGCGAAUAUCUCAAGUCUCAAAACGAACAAUAGUUUUUAUUUGCACUCUGUGUUUCCUGAAAUAUGUAUUUAUUACAGUUUUAUCCUAAAUUUAUUUCUUUUCUACUUUUGGUAACAGUCAGAUAUUUAUGUAUUUGUUAAUUUGGUUCUAAUGUUUCAGA